CAGUUUAGUUUCCUGUAACAUGCUAUACGUGUGUUAAGCUGAGAUCAUCUGAAGAAAGUUGAUCGCCCACAAACUGUUCAGUCUAAAUCAUGGUACUACUGGAAAACGACUCGUUUUUGACAGAACUUACACGGUUGUUUCAGAGGUGUAGAACCAGUGGAAGUAUUUACAUCACACUAAAGAAAUAUGAUGGUAGAACAAAACCUGUUCCCCGAAAAGGAAGCACAGAGACCUUUGAUCCCGUGGACAACAAGUGCCUCCUCAGAGCAACAGAUGGAAAAAAGAAGAUUAGCACGGUUGUUAGCUCCAAAGAAGUAAUAAAAUUCCAGAUGGCUUACUCAAACCUGUUAAGAGCUCACAUGGACGGAUUGAAGAAGAAAGACAAAAAAAGCAAAACCAAGAAGACAAAGGCGACCCAGUGAUGAGGCUGACUAUUCUCUUCCUCAUUUCUGAACAGUUCAUCAACACUGACCGCCCCUCUCAACCCCCUGGACAAUCCGCCUGAAAUAUGAGAAGGGUCCAUAGCAACAAUAGCUCCAAACACCUUGCUGGAGAUAUGCUGGUGUUUUGACAAGGCUUAAAUCUUGGAGUUGCUUGUUAAACCAUCUGCACGGUUUUACAUUUUUGUUUAAUAUUAGUAAUCCAUUUUUAAUGAAUGAAUCAUAUUUUCAGUGUUUAGAGGUGCUUGGGAUCGCAUUUUUUUCUUUUUUUUUUUUUUUUUGGUUUAGAAAACUUUUUUGCAAACUUGAAAGGAGGGAAACUGCUCAAGACUAGUGUUGCUAUUGAUUCUGAAUUUGUCAGAGCAAAAUCUACAUCAGAAUACAUUUUGGAAGUAAAGCUGUGUUAUUGUAUGUUACAGUAGACCUCAAAUAUGUACACGAGAAACCAAGGGAAAAAAAAGGCUGAAUAUUAAGCUGCACACAAAUCUUAUUUAUUUCUUAUUCAUACACAGCACCUUGUCCAUCCUGUAAUACUCCUCUUAAUUAAUACUUACAAUACCAUGGCUCUUACAAAUAUAUCUUUAAAACUGGAGAUUACUGUAAUGUCUCAGAUACAGGAGGAUUUACAAAAUGAGUUGGUUCCUUUGUAAUUCUGCUGUCGGAAAAGCGGAGGAAUGACAUUUGGAGGGUGACUGCAUCAAAUGACUGUUUGGAAGGGUUAAAUAACAUUUGCUGUAACAUUAAGAAUGGUAUAGUGCAACGUUUCCCUAUGGAGAAAGUUAUUGAACAGCAUGCUUCAAUUUGGUUAAUUGUGGAUUUCCUUUGCAUCUUUACAAACUGUACAACAGUCUUUAUUAACAACAUACUAAGAAUUAGGACCCGGCAUGUCGUAGCUGCUUUAAGGGGAAGGCUUUUCGUUUCAUUAGAUUCUUUAUAAAGAUAAAAGAACAAAAACUUUUCAGUUGUCUUAAAAAUGCAUAGGUGGCACCUAGCUGGUUAUAAAGGUGUUACAAAAAUGCCAUUCUCAACAUUAUCUUUUUUCACUUGUUUUGGAUUCUCAAAAUAAACCUUUUAGUUGACAAUUAA